UUAUGCCAGAGCAUUCUUGCUAAUGCAAAGCUCGAAGGCAUUUCAAAGCUAUUAUAACCAGACCAUAAACAUAACUAUAAAAAAUAAACCGCCUGCUCAGUCUGUACUAAGCAUGGUGUCUAACAAACAGAAGCGGGUGUGGAGGUACGUUGAGGACGGCAGUUUGUUGAAGCUGAAGUCGUACCUGAGGAAGCACCGGGACCUGGAUGUGAACUUCUCCCAGGGCAAGAGGCAGAGGAGCCCGCUGCACCUGGCCUGCUGCCUGGGAGACGACGCCGUCCUGCGGCUGCUGCUGAAGCACGGGGCCGAUGUUCUCCAGAGGGACCAUAAAGGAGACACAGCGCUACACACAGCAGUCAACAGGGCUCUCAAACACGGGAAGACAGCGUAUGAUGACCUGGUUGUGCCCCUGAAGAAGAGCUGUCCAGAGGCUAUGAACGCUACUAACAGUGCUGGAGUCACACCUGAGGACCUGCUGAAGUGGAUGAAACAUACAGAGAGUGCUGAAAACAUGAGUCGUCCACCUAAAACAGACCCUGAGAAGGAGUGGCUGGAGAAGCUGUUUGGUGAAUGCGAGGAUGAAUUCUGUGAAACUUUUGGAGUAUAUGAUGCUGAUGAUUUUCUUCCUGUUGAUGACGAUGAUGAAGAUUUUGGGGACUGGGCUGAUCGUAUUAGGAAAGAAUAUUUCGACAAAAAGCAUGCCGAAGCUCAAAGACUAGCAGCAUCAUCUUCUGGAUGGAAAAGGAAGAAGAGUAAACAAGAGAGAGAGCAGGAAGAGCAAAGCCGCAAGGAGCUGCAUGAAAAGCUUCAGAGGGAACAUGAAGAGUAUCUGGCUCGAGCAGCACGUAAAGAGGAAGAGACUCGGCAGGGCAAGAAGCGCAGGUACGAUGAGAAGUGUGAAGCUACUUUCCGUGGCGGCUCGUCAGCUGGCAGCACAAAGCUGAGCUACAGUGACAUCCCCUGGCCAGCUCCAAGGGGAACAGUGCAGGAGAUGGUGGAUGUGAUGUUGCACGGUGUGGACCGAAAAGACGUGCCAGUGUUUCGUAAAAUGCUCCGGAAGCAGCAAGCGCUGUGGCAUCCUGACAAAUUUGCUCAGAGAUGUGAAGCUCGUUUAGAGGAGAAGGACAAACAGAGGAUCCUGGAUACAGUCACAGCUCUGUCACAGGAGCUCAACAGACUAGCUCAGAGUCUCAGGGCUUAAAAUAACAUUUUAUUUAAACUUAAUUUUACAUGCUUUUCUGGAAAUGUGUGUGUCUAAAACUGUACUAUACUCAAAUUUAUGCAUAAAUGUACCAUGGAUUUCAUGCAUUUUCCCCAACAAUUUGUCUGCUGCACUUGCCAUAGCUUUAUUAAUUUAUACAUAUUUUUUUGUAGCUGAGGUGAUAGAGUGGAUAAGCCAGUGGUCAUAGUGGUUUGAUCCCCAGCUCCUCCUGUCCACAUGUCAGUGUUCAUCAUCACUUGCAGAAUUAAGACAGCAUUAGAUGGUACCCAGAGAGUGGUUUUGAUCUUGGAUUGAAAAAGGACUAUGAACAUGCUUUUGUGUAAUAGCUGAUUUAAAAAAUAAAUUAAUUAAUUAACAUCA